UGGAGUUAUUACUUGUUAAUUAAAACUGGCGACGAAUUGAUUAUCGCUCGAGCCGAGGAUAUUAAUGGAAUUCCAGCAAUAAAAAUGGCUCUUUUGGUAACUCAUGCGGGAAUAAGAUCCGCGCCUUGUCGCCCUGUCAUUAUCGGAGAGAUUGUGAUAGCGAUUUUCAGUUUUUCAAUUUCCUCCUCCCCUCCCCCCUCCUCUACUCUGCUCCAAUCUUCUGAUUCUUGAACUUAGAGAGAGAGAGAGAGAGAGAGUUCAAGGGAAGCAAGAGUGUGAGAAAGACCCAGGUGAGAAAAAUGAUUCAGUUUGCAUACUAGUGGGAAAUUUGGCAGAUUCAUAAAAAAAGUGAGAAACUAAAGAAAGAUGGAUCUUUUUUUAGUCUUGAGCAGUCAGUGAAAAAAAUAAUAAUAAUAAAGAAAGAGACACAGUAUGUUUUGCUUAUUUUUGAACCCGUUUCUUUGAAUCUUGGGAGUUUCCAAGUUGAAUUUGAGCUCUGAAAAUGGCUGAUUUCUAAGCGGAGGCAGUGUUGGUGUGAAUGCAUUAGUAUAUUGCAAAGAAGGCGCCGCAGAGAGAGAGGGGGGACGAGACGUCAAAGGAGAGAGAGUUUGACGCAUUUGUGAGAGAGAGAGAGAGAGAGAGGAAGAGUAGGCCGCUGCUAUACUGGUUUUGUGUAGGAGGGAGACGAGAGCGUAUCACAUAAAAUCCUAAAAAUUCGAUUUAGUUUCCUUAUCAGCUUAAAAUAAAGCAGGAAACAGGAAAGCAUAGCAUAAAAGCGCAUAAAAAAUUCUGCUUGUACAGCGAGGGAGCCUCAGAUCAGGACGAACCAAACUGGUUCAUAUUGUUCAUUGUACCCUCACCUCCUCUUUUCUUUACAGAGAUGAAGAGGACAAGAGGGGAAGAAGUACACUAAGCAUCGAAGGUCUGUAGCUGAUGGGUAUCAAGAUGCAGAGCCAGCACCAGCAUCACCCUGUGGCUUUGAGGUUCCAUGAGCAAACGGGGAGUAAAAGAAAAUACACUUUCAUUCAGGCUAAAAGAGCUUGGCUCCCAAAGUUUCUGCUGCUGUGGAUCAUGCUGAUGAUGCUAUUCAGCGGGUCUAUCUACAAUGGUAUGGAUGCUGAUAAUAAAGUUAGGAGGAGAGAGGUUCUGGGUAGCCUCUGUGAGCAAAGGGCUAGGAUGUUGCAAGAUCAAUUUAGUGUUAGUGUUAACCAUGUCCAUGCCCUGGCUAUUCUGGUUUCAACCUUUCACUACUACAGAAACCCAUCUGCAAUCGAUCAGGAAACCUUUGCAGAGUAUACUGCCAGAACAGCAUUUGAGCGGCCAUUACUGAAUGGGGUGGCCUAUGCACAAGCGGUAGUUGACUCUGAAAGAGAAAACUUUGAGAGGCAACACGGAUGGGUGAUAAAGACUAUGGAAAGAGAGCCUUCCCUAGUUCGAGAUGAGUAUGCACCUGUGAUAUUUGCCCAAGAAACUAUCUCCUAUCUUAAGUCUCUUGAUAUGAUGUCAGGGGAGGAGGACCGAGAGAACAUUUUGAGGGCUAGGGCCACUGGGAAAGCUGUACUGACUAGCCCAUUCAGGCUGUUGGGUUCUCAUCAUCUUGGUGUGGUGUUGACGUUCCCUGUUUACAAGUCCAAGCUCUCCCCGGAGCCAACUAUGAAAGAACGUAUAGAGGCAACUGCAGGAUAUGUUGGAGGGUCCUUUGAUGUUGAAUCCCUUGUGGAGAAUUUACUUGGGCAGCUUGCUGGUAACCAAGCAAUUUUGGUGCAUGUGUAUGAUAUCACAAACUCCACUAACCCACUAAUCAUGUAUGGCAACCAGUAUGAAGAAGGUGACACGUCUCUUGUACAUAAAAGUAAGCUUGAUUUUGGAGAUCCUUACAGGAAACAUCAGAUGAUAUGUAGGUAUCAUCAGAAGGCACCAACAUCUUGGACAGCGCUUACCACUGCAUUUUUAUUCUUUGUGAUUGGUUUAUUAGUGGGAUACAUUUUAUAUGGUGCUGCAAUUCAUAUUGUCAAAGUCGAGGAUGAUUUCCAUGAAAUGCAGGAACUAAAAGUUCGAGCGGAAGCUGCUGAUGUCGCCAAAUCCCAGUUUUUAGCAACUGUUUCUCAUGAAAUUAGAACGCCAAUGAAUGGCAUCCUAGGAAUGCUUGCUUUGCUUCUAGAUACGGAAUUGAGUUCAACUCAACGAGAUUAUGCUCAGACUGCUCAAGCAUGCGGAAAAGCACUGAUAGCUUUAAUAAAUGAGGUGCUUGACCGAGCUAAAAUUGAAGCUCGCAAGUUAGAGCUAGAAGCAGUUCCAUUUGACCUGCGUUCCAUACUUGAUGAUGUCCUUUCUUUAUUCUCUGAGAAGUCUAGACACAAAGGUUUAGAGUUGGCAGUCUUUGUUUCUGAUAAAGUUCCAGACAUUGUUAUGGGAGAUCCAGGGAGAUUCCGACAAAUAAUAACCAAUCUAGUUGGCAACUCUGUCAAAUUCACUGAUCGAGGGCACAUAUUUGUAAAGGUUCAUCUUGCUGAAAAUAUGAAUGCUACAAUGAAUGGAAAAUCUGAGACAUACCUAAAUGGAGGAUCAGAUGAUGUUGUGCGUAUGGCUGGUGGUUAUCAGUUCAAAACUCUCAGUGGAUGUGAAGCAGCUGAUGAAAGGAACUGUUGGGAUAAUUUUGAGCGUCUAAUUGCUGACGAAGAAUUUUGCUUUGAUGCAUCAAGUAAAAAGAUGACCGCUAUUCAAGUCUCUGAGCAAGUCACUUUGAUGGUCUGUGUAGAGGAUACUGGCAUUGGGAUUCCUUUUUCUGCCCAGGAUAGGAUUUUCAUGCCUUUUGUGCAGGCAGACAGCUCAACCUCUCGAAACUAUGGUGGGACUGGUAUUGGAUUAAGCAUCAGCAAGUGUUUGGUUGAAUUAAUGGGAGGUCAAAUAAACUUCAUAAGCCGACCCCAGGUUGGGAGCACAUUUUCCUUCACUGCAGUUUUUGGUACAUAUAAGAAAAAUUCAACCAGUGACGUGAAGAGACAUAAUGCGGAAGAUCUACCUUCUAGUUUUAGAGGACUGACAGCCAUAGUGGUUGAUGGAAAACCUGUUAGAGCUGCUGUGACUCAGUACCAUCUGAAGAGGCUUGGGAUACUAGUUAAAGUUGCUAGUAACAUUAACAAGGCUGUUGCUUUAUGUGGGAAAAAUGGUUCAUUAACGUCUGGAAUGUUCCAGCCAGACAUAAUUUUGGUUGAGAAGGACUCGUGGAUAUCUGGAGAAGAUGGAAACUUCAAUGUUUGGCAACUAGACUGGAAACAGAACGGACAUACAAUUAAGUUGCCCAAAUUGAUCCUUCUUGCAACCAACAUUAGUAAUGCCGAGUUUGAUAAAGCUAAGGCUGCUGGUUUUGCUGAUACUGUGAUCAUGAAACCUCUGAGAGCUAGUAUGGUAGCUGCUUGUCUUCAGCAGGUUCUUGGUGUGGGGAAGAAGAGACAGCAAGGAAAAGACAUGCCUUAUGGUUCCACUUUCCUCCGAGGCCUUUUUUGUGGAAAGAAAAUUUUGGUGGUUGAUGACAAUGUGGUGAACCGGAGGGUUGCUGCAGGCGCAUUAAAAAAGUUUGGAGCUGACGUGAAGUGUGUCGAAAGUGGCAAAGCAGCACUUGAAAUGCUUCAAUUGCCUCACAGUUUUGAUGCCUGCUUCAUGGACAUCCAAAUGCCAGAAAUGGAUGGGUUUGAAGCAACACGACGAAUCCGGCUGAUGGAGAGCAAGGCGAAUGAGCAGGCGAAUGGUGGAUCUAACGAAGGAAAUGCCUCAAAAGAUGAGUGGCAUUUGCCAAUAUUAGCCAUGACGGCUGAUGUUAUCCAUGCUACCUACGAUGAGUGUUUGAAAUGUGGUAUGGAUGGAUAUGUCUCGAAGCCCUUUGAGGAAGAGAAUCUCUACCAAGCAGUUGCAAAGUUCUUCAAGUCCAAGCCUAUCUCAGAGUUAUGACAGCCAGCCAUUUCUAAGUUGAACUGAGCAAAAACGAGAAAACAAGUUGAAGACAUACCAAGAGUUGAGUUGGCCGCCAGCAUUUUCCACAAUUUGCCUGCUAGCUGUGCUUCAAUGCAGAUCAUGACACUUGGCGAACCAGCGUGCUUACUACGAAGCGAGUGAUGAUUUCUAACCAGCAUAAGUGGGACAUGAUUAGAAUUGGAGUAAAUGUAUACCUCAUAGCCCUGCAUGUUCCCCGCUUGUGUACAGUUUUUCAGGAGGGCAUGAGGGGCAUGAUGUAAAUUCCAUAUACUUCUUGUGCAUCACUAUAUAUACUUCUCUUUUUACAAGGGGUUUUUCAUUA